AUGAGAUUCCACAGCGCUGAACUUGGCGUAUGCUUCGCCUUAGUAACUUCGACUAUGGCGGCGACAUGCGCCCUUCCCUCAACCUACCAAUGGACUUCUACCAACGCACUGGCAACCCCUAAGUCUGGGUGGGCUGCCAUCAAGGACUUGACCCACGUGCCCUACAAUGGAAAGCAUCUUGUGUAUGCGUCUUUCCAUGAUACCGGAUCUAGCUACGGUUCGAUGAACUUUGGGCUGUUUUCCGACUGGAGCAACAUGGCGUCAGCGUCUCAGAACAGAAUGAGCUCCAGUACUGUUGCUCCUACGAUCUUCUAUUUCAACCCCAAAGACGUUUGGAUUCUUGCUCACCAAUGGGGUCCCACAACAUUUUCUUACCGCACGUCCAAGGAUCCCUCGAAUGCCAAUGGAUGGUCGGCAGCGCAACCUCUUUUUAGUGGGACCAUUUCUGGUUCCAACACUGGUGCUAUCGACCAGACCCUCAUUGGCGAUAGUAAAAACAUGUACCUCUUCUUUGCAGGCGAUAACGGCAAGAUUUAUCGCGCAAGUAUGCCCAUCGGGAAUUUCCCAGGCAACUUUGGCACAGCUUCGACUGUGGUUAUGUCAGAUUCGAGCAACAAUCUUUUCGAAGCCGUCCAAGUUUACACGGUCGCAGGACAAUCCAAAUACCUGAUGAUUGUCGAAGCUAUUGGAUCCAAGGGACGCUAUUUCCGUUCCUUUACUGCCACGAGCCUUAGUGGUUCGUGGACGCCGCAGGCUACAAGCGAGAGCGCACCGUUUGCCGGCAAGGCCAACAGUGGUGCCACCUGGACCAACGAUAUCAGUCACGGUGACUUGAUCCGUAGCAACCCCGAUCAGACGAUGACUGUGGACCCAUGCAACCUUCAAUUGCUAUACCAGGGACGGGACCCGUCUGUUAGCAAUAGCAACUAUGACCUUCUGCCAUAUCGGCCUGGUCUGUUGACACUGAAGCGCUAA